AUGGACAGUAAAAACCAUACGAGUGAUAGGGCUAGGGCGUACCCCACAGGCGACGCGCAGGGGCAGCACCCGGCUCCUGUGGGAAAUGGACAAGGGUUGUCGCACCGGAACGGGCGGGUGCGACGUAAGAAGCGAGCUCGAAGUGUGAGACAGUUAAGAUUGAUGUGUGCAAGUUGGACUGUAGGAACGAUGUCUGGAAGAGGAAGAGAGCUAGCAGAUGUUUUAAAAAGGCGACCGAUAAAUGCAGCGUGCCUGCAAGAGACAAAGUGGAAGGGUGCAAGGGCUAGGGAAAUAGGAGAAGGAUAUAAAUUAUUCUAUUGUGGAAGUGAUGGCAAGAGGAAUGGUGUGGGUAUAGUUUUAGAUAGUACGUUGAAAGAAUGUGUGGUGGAUGUAAAAAGAGUGAAUGAUAGACUGAUAGCGAUAGCCUUGAAUGAGUGA